CCCCCAUAAUAUGUCAUUUUUAUCGCCCCUGUUGAAACUAGAAAACCUAUCAACGAAACCCAUUAUGAGUUUGGAUCACAUACCGGAAGAGAAACGUUAUAACAAAAACAAUAUAGUGGCGAAAUGGUGUGCCCCCAUAAAUGGCAAAAUGUAUCGCAUCGAAUUGGAACAUGGUACCACCAGUGGCAGGCGUAUGAUAUGGGUUAAUGGCAAGGAGGUCUUAAGACGCGACUGGAUGUUUAAACUGGUGGGUGAGGAUACAUUUUAUAUCAACGAUGCCCGCUGUAUUAUACGCGUUGAUCCCGCACCCGGUUUCAAAUAUGAAUAUCUACUAUUUAUUGAUGGCAAAUCACAUGAUCAAUAUACCGAGGAACAAACGAAACAAUAUCGUUUAUGGGUCACAACAAUAAAUGGCAUAGAGUAUCGUAUUAUGCUGGAACUGGAUACAUUGAAUUUAUUUAUCAAUGACAAACUGCGCAAAGAAACAGCCGAUUUUGUUGAUGGUGGCACCGACACUGUGGUCCAUGAAAACGAUGUCGAAUUUCGACUCCAAACCCGUUCGAGCGGCCACAAACUAAGUGGCAUUGUACACACACUACUGGCCAAUCAAGUUGAAAUACCCGAGGCGAAAAUUCAAGAAAUAAUGCAAGAACCCUGUUCAAUUUUAUCAGCAUGA